AUGUCAAGCUCGAGAAAACCCUGGCUCCUUUCACGGGUCUAUGAGACCAUUGAAGGCGCCGGCUUGAUUUUCGGCCUAGUUCCCUCUUCUGUCGUCUCCUUGAGAAAGCCACCUACCACAGUUCUUGAAAAAGAAGCCUAUUCAGCAAAGCUCAGCAAACGUAGACGUCAGCUUAAGGAGCUCAGAGCGGGAUUUAAGCGCUUUCUUGCGUUUUUAUUUUCACAAAUCGGUCUCUCAAUCCUAGUUAUUGGCUACACUGUAAUUGGUGGUAUGAUUUUCCGUUCAGUUGAAUUAGAGAAUGAGAAGGUAGUAAAGAUGAAAGGAAAGGAAUUGCGAAAUUCAUUGGCAGAUCAAUUUUCAGGGGAGAUUAUCCGCGAACUACGUUACCAAAUAUCAUCGUUUGACACUCGACAAGCAAAUUAUUAUUUACCUGUGUCUAUGAGGGACAAUGGUCUUACAUUGACCUCUAAUUACCUAAAGAAUGAUGUGCAGAAAAAGAACCAACGACGUCGAAGCAUCGGAAAUUGUAAAGAAAGAGAUUUUGUCAGACUAAGACAGUGGUUGCAGGUUACUGCUUAUACCUUACGACAAAAGACGCGCCAGGAACUUCAUAGCAGUCUCAGAAAACUAGUAAAAAUGAUGGAUCAUGAGGGAUGGAAUGGCGAAGAUUCCAUGGAUGACUUGAAGUGGACUUGGGAAGGUUCAAUCUUAUUUGCAGUGACCGUUAUAACAACCAUAGGUGAGUCUUCAUUUGACAUUGGAAUCUGUUUACUUGUCCAGGGUGUUUAUAAUUUACUUUUAACACUUAUUUUAGGUUAUGGUCACGCGGUUCCCAAGACAAAUGCUGGGAAAGUGCUCACGAUAUUGUAUGCCCUCGUGGGCAUCCCACUCGUCUUCCUCUACUUAACCAACAUUGGAGAUUACCUGGCUUCGCUUUUCCGUGCGCUAUAUGCUAAAGUGUGUCGUCGUUGUUGUGAGGGUAGUUGUGGCAAUAGGAUGGAAAUCCAUACACGAAUGAACGUCUUCAAUAAUCAGACUUCCGCUGUCGACUUCACACAGCAGCGUGACUUUCCACAGGAUGAAUCAACACACAGAAACAACAUCAGUGUUAUUCGGCAAAUUAGUUCCCUAUCAUUUAGGAAGGACAUAGCAAAUAGGAAGACCAAGAAAAAAAAAGUUUUAGAAUGCGUUGACAUCAACGUUUUUUGCAAUGACCACGUUAUCAAUCUGGAAAACCAUGCGGAGCCGGAAUCUGAAAGUUCGGAAAAAAUUGAGGUAAUUCUCAAAACAGUUUGCUUUCGCUUUCUUGUUAACCCCUCUUUGUCGAAAGAGGACCUACUUUAUCAUGCACCAGUAACGACUGAAACAGCCAAAUGUGAUCAUCAGAAGCCUACGAAUCCUUUGAACGCCUUACGUGCAGAAUGUGAGGGCGAAAGAAGGCCAUUACUGAAGGAGACGAGGCUUGAUUCUACCUUUCACACUGUUGGCACCCAAACAGUUCUGCAGGCUGGUCCAAAUGACGUUCUUACGUACAGACACUUGUACAAAUCAUUCAUCACUGGCCGAUAUUUCAGGUCUUACAGGCGUGAACUUCUCCACAGACGCAAACAAACGCGACGAAAGUGGAAACUUCAAUCACCCAGAAGUGUAAAAGGAUUCAGAGAAAGUGGUGAUAAUUCUUGUGAAAUGACCUGGACAAAUCAGGAUCAAGCAAAAAUCAUAAAGAAUAUGUACACGUCCCUUCAGGACCUUCAAGAUUCAGUCAGCAUUAGUAAUUGGGCUGAUUCUGGAGAACUCGGUACUUUAAGUGUAACUGAUAAUGGAAGUUAUCGAUCGAAGAACCGAAAAGAUGGGAAAAGUUUAACGUCGUAUCCCUCGUUGCCGAUAAAUUCAGAGCUUCAAAGAUCAAGCUCUUCACUAUUUUUUACAGAGACUGUAAAAGGAAACCAAUGUAGAGCGAGUCCUCCAACUACGAAGUAUCCAAUGCUCAAAUCUCGUCUUUCUAUGCUCUCUUCCCUGGCCAAUUCCUCGAGUGACCUCAUGAUUCGACUCAGUUACUACUCGGAUGAAAAAUUACAAGAACGUGACCCGAUUUCCCGACAGCCAAGCUUUGACAACAAUGAUUUUGGUGGAGAGGACAGUUCUAACGUUACAGUACCUAUCAGCCUUUCAAUAAUGAUCAUGACAACCUAUAUCCUUAUCGGAGCUAUCGUUUUCUGUAUUUGGGAAGACCCAAACUACCUGAAGUGGUCGUAUUUUUGCUUUGUGACGUUGUCAACGAUCGGCUUUGGUGACAUUGUCCCUGGUACCAAAAUCGACUCUACAAAUCCCCAAGAAAAACUUAUUAUAAUCACCGUCUACGUAGCAGUCGGACUCUCUGUAUUUGCAAUGUGCUUCAAAUUGAUGCAAGAAGAGGUAGUUUCAAAGUGCAAAUGGCUGGCCCGCUAUAUUGGAGUGCUCAAACGAAAGGUUCGCAAGCAGAGGAUAGUGAGACCCCAGUCUCUUGAGGUCAGCUCUUUUAGAGACGACGGAUUCAGCAAUGGGGAGCUUACCUUUUCCUAG